AUGGAUCAAGAGGAGAUAAGGCGACUCGUGGAUAAAUUGAAGUUGGAGGAGGAAGCGGACGAGAGUACGGUGAAUCUAUCACAACACUUGUCAGAAAGUUUACGACAAAAAACAAAACUUUGUUUGGUGGGGAAAGUUUUUGCGGGACAUCAAAUCAAUCGGGAGUUGCUGGCGAAUCACUUACCAAGUAUUCUCCAGGCGCAACAACGUGUGGAUAUUGAGAUCGUGGGAGCGAAUCUUUUUGUUGCCCUAUUUGCUUCUACGAUGGAUAGGAAACAUGUGCUACUUGGAGGACCAUGGCAUCUUUUUCAGGACUUAAUGUUGUUUAAGAAGUUGGAGGGUUUUCAAAAUCCGACCGACGUCCGGUUUGAUGAGUUUACGGGGUGGGUGCAAUGCCAUAAUAUGCCUAUUGCAUGUAUGCACCCGGAUGUGGUCCGUCGGAUAGGAGAACAGAUUGGGGUUGUUGAAGAGAUUGAUAUGGGAGUGGGGGGCUUGUGUAUGGGCCGUUUUGCACGUGUCCGCGUGCGAUGGCGGAUGGAUAAUCCCCUUAAAAGAUGCGUGCGAUUACUGCCAGAUGGAGAGAUGGAGGGUGCUAUAGUACUACUUCUUUAUGAGAAGCUUCCCAACUUCUGCUUUGCUUGUGGGAAGAUUGGCCACCUAGUGCGGUUUUGCGAGGAUAAAAAGGUGGAUAAGGGUGGUGAGUUUAAGUUUGGUGUUUGGCUUAUGGCUGCUAAAGUACAGGAGACAAGAAGGAAAUCGACUAUGGGGACUAUGCCACGAAAAGAAGGCCUCACUAAAACUCAUUUUUUGGCGGAAACUACUGAAUCAACGGAUCGACAGAUCAUAAAACCGACCUUUAGUGUUAACUCGAGGACGGAUGAGGAAUCUCGACGGGUGGAGGAGAGGAGAGAUAAGGAGGAUGUGCAGGGGGACUCUUCCCCCGUGGAGCAGGAGGUGAGGGCUGACGGAGAAUGA